AUGAGAAUGGCGUAUUUAAGGGCUAUGCUAAAUCAAGACAUUAGCCUUUUUGACACUGAAGCGUCUACUGGUGAAGUGAUUGCAGCAGUUACCACUGAUGUCAUUGUUGUCCAAGAUGCUAUUUCUGAAAAGGUGAUCGUGAAUGUGAGAACAGUACAAGCUUUCGCUGCAGCGGAUCGAGCGGUUCAAUCUUACAAAACGGCGCUGUUGAGCACGUAUAGUUAUGGGAAGAAAGCUGGAUUGGCCGAGGGAUUAGGAUUAGGCACUCUGCACUUUGUGCUUUUUGUGUCAUGGGCGUUGCUGGUUUGGUUUUGUAGCAUUAUUGUUCAUAAGAGCAUUGCCAAUGGAGGAGACUCUUUCACCACUAUGCUCAAUGUGGUUGUUGCUGGCUUGAGUGCUGAUGUUGUGGCUGUUCUUCAAAAUGGAAAGAUAGUAGGAACUGGAAGCCAUGAAGAGCUUAUCACAAAGGCAAAUGGAGCAUAUGCUUCUCUAGUGCAACUUCAGGAAAUAGCUUCUUUGUAG